UUACGAAUUAAGAAUGCCAUCGCCGUUCAAUGGAAGCUUAAUUAAACUACUUGGCUUGUUCAUCGCCAUUUACGUCAUCCAAUCUCAAUCCGUCCAGUCGUCCACGGAAGCCCCUCUUAUCCUUGGCAAUUUUUCGACUGAAAUCCCUGGUUUAAAACUCUUACUUCCCACUAAUUUAACGAGCAAACAAAGUCAGUUGCCGAGCAAGACGAACGUCACCAUCUUUGGAACAACAAGCGGCGGUGUGACAAAAAGUGGCAUCAUCCAGAGUAGAAUAAUCAUAUUAAAUCCAAAAGCCGGUUUUCAUGCCACCUUUAUGGCGACCAUAACAUUCAUCGGUUGGUGUAUGCAAACGUACGAGUAUGUCACGCUGUUGGUAUCCGUUUUGGCAAGAAACGAGCCAGAAAAACGGAGAAACUAUCGAGAUGCAGCCGAAGAGAUCAACAGGAUUGAAGGAAUUUUAGAUCAAAUGACACUCAACAGCAUCCACGAGCAAGUGUACAUAAGAGAUAACGUGGCUCCCUACGAAGAGCAAAUUAGACUAUGUGCCACAAAGGCGAUUGAGUACCUGGAAUCACCGAAUUCUUCCGUGGCAAAAGAAGAAUUUCUGACUGGAGCAAAAUCGCUAGAAAACAGCAUCGUCAGAAUUUUUGAAAGAUUUCUCAAUCAAUCAGUUUCGGGACCGUCGUAUCUUGAAAGCUUACGCCAGGCAACACAGUGCCAUCGACGUCAAGUGGUCAACUCUGCACAAGGAAUUAUGCAGCUGUUAUCGUUAGGGACAGGAACACUUCCCUUAUACUUCAAAGAAAGUAACAUGUCACUAGCUGAUCAGAAUAGAAAGAAAAGUCGAUUAGGAAAGUAUCAACAAGAAGCUAUUGUAAAGAUUAACGCACUCGAAAUAGAAUGCGUUAAAGAAAACCAAUUGCGCAACGAAGUAAAAGAAAUGAUUAAACAAAAUAACGCUACUUCAAACCGCGAUCUAGCCGAAAUCAUUUACGAUCACCUUAGCGACAAGUACGACACUAAACAUUGGUUCGUCGUCGUUUACAGCGCUGUUGCCGAUGAUGAACACCACAGAAUUGCAUUCUACCCCGGAUCGAAUAACUGCCAAUGGAUGGGACACGAAGGCAAUAAAAACGCGAUUAUUUGCUCAGAAAACAGCGUUUGUCCGUGGGGUCAAAUAGCCAUUGAAGUAACGAUGGACAAGAUAAGUGGAUACUUCAAUAAUUAUUUCCCGAGACCUAGCGUCGCUUUUGACGAGAUGAACUCGUUGAAAGUAGUCCCGGAAACAAACAUGAUGGCUGUUAUCCCGCAAUCGGCCAAAGCCGAAAUUGUUACGUCAAAAGAAAUGUGUUUUUUUGCCCAUAAUUACGGCAAUCAGAUCAUCGUUCCAUGGGGAUUGACAACGAUAGGAAUCCCUCUGAAAAUCAAUAGGAACCCGACAUAUUUUGCGAUACAGACAUAUGGCAAAAUCAUGCAAGCCUCGCAAUAUGAGAUUAUAGUAGUAGAUCCUACGUUCAAUGCCGGGAAAGUAAAACCUAAUGAUAACCAACUGUGGUAUUUGGAUGAAAAUGGUAUUCGCGCCAAGAUUAACGGUUACUGUCUUUACUCUUCAGACGGUCGAUUUCGAACGCAGCCUUGCGACAAACAAAAAUGGAUGUUGCGAGAUCGCAAAAUCAUCGACAUGUACAAUCCAAAAAAUUGCGCGGCCAUACCCAAUUGGAGUUCACCGACACGUCCGCCGACAACGUUUCCGUUAAUUGAGUCGGCCUGUAGCAACCAGGCGAACCAGGCGUGGUCAAUAGUGAAAGAGCCAACGUACUUUGCAAUUAAGAGUAAAAUGCACGGCAAGGUGAUUGACAUCUCGAACGACCCCACGAAUUAUGGAACCAUCAGAAUGUGGGAGCCCAUGAAUACUAGUAUUCAACUUUGGUUCCAAGACGAGAAUAAGUUUAUCCGUGCCAAAUUCACCGGGUACUGUCUAUACUCGAAAGGUUACUAUGCUGGUGGAUUCAUGACGUUGCCAUGCGACCAAACAGAAAGUCAAAAAUGGGCACGCCGAAACAAUCAAAUCGCCAAUUUGAACCAGCCCUCAAAUUGUAUGGACAUCUUCCACGCAGAAAAACAGGACGGAGCUCGUGUUGUCGAGUACACAUGCAGCAGUACAAUCAAUAUGCAAUGGGAAUUCGAUAUCGUUUGGUAGGCUAUUCAGGGUUGCGGUCAAAAUGCAAAUAUAACAAAGUGAAAACGUCAACUUUGUGUUCUGUUAACAGCAAAACUAACAUUUUGCGGACAUCCGCAGGUGUACAAAAGUAGUUGAUUUUCUCGCUAGAUGUCAUUGUAAUUAAAAGAAAUUCCUGUCACAGUUG